CGCAGCGGCGGCUGCCCGGGCACUGCGGAGAGCUGCGCUGGCCGCCCGGCAGGACCGCGGCUCCCCGCUGCCUGGCGCCGCCCCCUGCCCCCGCACGCGGGAUGACAGCGAUGGCCCCCGGCCAUUGGGAGGGACCCGCCGCCUGCUGGCCCCUGCCGGGCUGAGGUCAGUCCCGUCCCCCCCCCGGACUCCAUGGGCGCCUGGUCCCGCCCGGUGCUGCUGCUGCUCCGGCCCGCCCGAGCGGAGAAGGCGGCGGGGAACGUCAGCGCCUAGGAGCCGCGCUCGCCUCUUCCCCCGCCGCCCAUGAGCCGCCUGGGAGCCCCGCCAGCUGCCGCCGCGGCGCAUGGAGAGCGCGGCUGCCUGUGUGUGCUCCGUUCUUUUCUUACAUCUUCCUCUCAUCUAUGGAACCUCCAUCCACAUUGGAAUAGGCAGCAAUUAUUCCAAUCUCUAUGAACAAAGCAUUCUGCCCUGUAAAAAAGAAGAACUACAGUGUGGCAACGGACUCUGCCUCCUGAACUGGCUGCGCUGUCACUACAAGAAGGACUGUGGCAGAGACUACAUGUCAAUCAAACUAACAUGCUCAAAAGUUCACUCAAACCAGAGCAGCCCUAUCAAUGAGUUUCCUGGCUACAGCGAAAACAGCAAUGAUACCAGCUUGCUUGUCUCUCCUCUCCUGGUAGCUGGAGUAGUGAUCGGACUGGUGCUGUUUCUGUCCUGUGUCACAAUCAUUAUUGGCAGCCUGCGAAAGGAUGGACGUCUAAGACACCCACACCUGAGGAGAAAUGCUAAUUACGCUCCAGAUGGUUUCUCCUAUGGUGACUCCAUUGGAGAACUGAGAUCCACCUGCACAGAGGAGUUCCCACCAGCUUUUGACUUCGGUUCCUACAUGGAGACUCUCUCUCAGGUCAAUGUCAUGUAUCCUGACUCCCCUCCACGUUACGAUGAGUGCAUUGGGCCUGGAGCAACACAAAUCUAUAUUCCUACAGAUGAUCCUCCACCCUAUUCUCUGACAGACCCUUGUCAAAGGAAUGAAUUGUCUACAAACAUCAGGUUGGAAGAGGAGGCAGCAUCUGGGACUACAGGAAGGUGUUCUAAUUAUCCAGUCAGACUGCAGGACUUGCAGCAGCCUAUCUCAUCAAUUUCUUUGACAGCACUCACUCUGGAGGCUGCCCCUCCAUAUGAGACGGUUGUGUGUGAACAAAAUAGCCCCAUUCCGCUGAUUCCAAUGGAUGUACUGAAAAAUUCUUCAACUGACUGUCAAACUCUUCCCAACCAAAUAAUCUAAAUGCAAGUGGCUCGUCUCACCCACACUUUAGGAGCCUAUCAGGAUGAGAAAAUGGGAUUUAAAGGGAAGCAUAAAACCCAUAAAACUGUUACCUAUUUUAUAUCUUUAAAUAAGGCUGAAUUUUUUUUAAACAGUGACUUUUGAAAGUUUAGGUAAACUUUUAUCUUUGGGCUUUGAAUUAUUCCCUGGUGUCUCACAUACACAACUGCAGAAUAAAACAACAGCAACAAGCAGUGCAUCCAACCUUUCUGAAGCAUCUGAAAACACAUUGAAAUCAGUCACUGUUAAUGUAGAUACAUGUUAGCCAAUUGACAUUAUUUGUCGAUUUUAUGGUAUUUGCAUGUUAUAGAGCAAAAAGAGGAAGAAGAGUUUUUUGUUGUUUAUAUCUGGUACAUUAUACCAAAUGUCUUAGAGAUAAGAAAAAAUCUAUAAUUUAUAAAGCAUUUUUAUUUAUAUAUUUCAGAUAGGCUGAAUAGUAUCUGGAAAAUGUGGUUAGCACAACUACCCAUCUAUUGGAAGGUGAUGAAAGAAGGUAUUUUGCUAAUCUUAACCUUUACAUACCUUGGCUAGCUACAAUGGUUUUGAUGCCAUUUCAAAAAACACCAAUCCCAACUCAAAAGAAAAAAGGAGUGCUAGAAUUGUCAAUGGAGUCUCAGAAAUGCUAAUUGUUUAGAGACAUAGCAAUGGGUUUCCAGAAUUGCCAGGUAAUGAAGAAGGCCUAUGAAAGUCUUCCUAGACACUCUGGCUAGCAGGGCUGAUACCUGUAAGAAUUCUGUCACAGCAUGGUGACUUGCCAUAGCCAUGGCUGGAAAGGUAUUUUGAAAUAUUAGCAGGUAGGUUAGGCCUGGUUCUCAUGGAACAAAGUUGCAUUUUCAGGCAUUAGCUAGUUGUCUCUCUCAGUGAUGAGCCUACAGUAUAUACAAAGGAUCAUGACCUCUCCCUUCGGGUAAAUUGCCAAAGUGCAAAGUAAAUAAUAGAUGCCAGGACUUGGCAUGCACAAUGACAUCGUUAAUCUUAUUUAAAAAAACCCUUUAAUCAUUCACAAUAUCUUUCACUGCAGUUUAGCCUUCCAUAAAUCUUACAUCUGUUCUUAGAUCUCUACCACUCAUAUUUCAGAGAUAAAUUGAUUCAAUCUACCAAUAGCAACAGAGGAGAACUCUGUAGAUCUCAAGACUUGACCUUAUAUGGGAUGGUGAGCAUACACCCUCUGUGUUGAUACCCUUUGAGGUCCAGAUCCUUAACUGGUAUAAAUCAAUGUAGCCCCUUUGAAACGAAUGGAUCUGGCCCAUUUUGUUAUAUCUUUGGCAAAAGUUCUUCAAUUUUCACAUGGGCAAAGACUUCAGCUUAAUAUCCCUGCUGAAGGACAAGUAUGUAAUUAUGGAAAGAGGUACAUGCCUUAUCAUUGCUUUAUGUUUUCUUCCAGGUCAUUGAUGAAAAUAAUAAUUCCCCAUUUAGUUACGUUCUGAGACUUUAUCAGUUGACCAGUGUAAUUCAUUUAAGAUGUGCCAUGUUAAUUUUAUAUUAUUCUAGAUUUUUAAUCAAAAUAUCAUGCCAUCCUAACUCAAAUGCCAUACAGAAGUCUUAAGUAUAUUACACCAACACCAUUACCUCUGUCAUCCAAACUUGUAAGAUAUCAAAUUAAUUUACCAGGAUCUGUUUUCCAUAAACCUAUGUAGAACUGCAUUCAUUUCAUUCCCCGCCUUUCAUUCCUUACAAAUCCAUCACUGACCAUUUUUAAAUCAAGACUGGAUGUUUUGCUAGAGGAUUUGCAAUAGGAAUUUGGGGGAGGGGGAAUGCCAGGGCCUGUGAUAAAGAGAAUGUCAGUCUGGAUGAGUGAAACAGCCCUUCUGGCUUUAGAAUCUAUGAAUUGAGUAAGACCUGAUCCCCAUAAGUAGCCCUGCUGGAAUCAUUGGGACUACAUGCAGAGUCAGAUGCUAAUCAAUCAAGGGUGACAGAAUCUGACCCAUAAAUAUUAGAAAGUAAAUGAGAAUUUAAAAAAUUAUUUCCUUUGUAACUAUAAAACUGUGAUGAUGGAGGGUGGGUCUCUUGAAUCAGAGCACUUUGCAACUCACAAGAUCGGAGACCCAAUCUGUUGUUGGGAACAUUCAGUUAAGAAAGUACUUUUUAAGUAUUAUUUUUAACCUGACAGUGUCCCUUUAAUUUAUUUAAUUCCCCUCCAUUAAUUUUCCACAUAUAGUGAAGGACUUCAGGGGCUUUCCCCCCCAAAAAAAAUCUCAUUUUGUGGUGAGAAUGGCAGAUUUG